CCGCCAUUCCAGACAGGACCUUCACUACAGCCCUUCCUGCUUCAGUCCAGCUCCUACGUGCUAUCACCUUCAGCCACAUGAGUCAUGUCCAAAGAGGCAUGGGCCAUUACCAGCACGAAACGGAAGACGAAAUCCGCAACACCUGCACCCAGAAAGCGAUCACGACCUAAUGACGUCGAGAAUGAUGCCAAUAAACGCGCAAAAAGUCAACAAACUCUCACACAAGCUCAAUGGGUGACUUCUGCUCCCAUAAGCUUCGACGAAGAUGAUAUGCUACAAGCGAUGCCGCGACCACAGACCGCCCCCUCAAGACGAUCUCUCCCGGGACUGAAAAAGCGCAAUUCCACCUUGACCCAGAUGGACUUCUUGAGCUUUCCACCACCAGACCAUGAUGAUUUUGAGGAUGCAAUGCUUCCGACAACCGAGGAGGACGUACAACGCCCGACUAUUCCCCAGUAUGAUGGCACCUAUGAGAGCCCCAGACGUCCGCGCAGGCGUAAAACAACCCCACCCGCCACUGGACGGUCUAUGAAGCGAAAGAUCACCACCCCGAAUCGAGAAAGCCAAGAGUAUAGACCGAGCACAAGAAGAAUAAAGGCAGGCAGUCUGGAAGCUGGGUCCGUUGAUACACCGAGGCGAACUUCGGGGAGGAUUGCAUCCAGGAGGAAAGUGUUCUCGGACCCUGCCGAGAAUUUGCAGGUUUUCGAGCAAGCAUUAAGUGUCACUGCGGCUCCUUUUGCAGAGAGGAACCCGGCGAGGCAGCCACCAUGGCCACUUGAAAUUAAGGAGUCCGUCGAUGAAGGAGAGGAAAUCAUGCCAGUACAAGGUCUUGAAGGCCCGUCCAGGUUGCUGCAAACACCAAAGAAAGCUCGGUCGAUAAUCUUGUCCAGCCAAUCUCCAGAAAGCUUGCCUCCCAGUACUCGAAAAGGUCGGAAGUUGCCUAGCACACCAGCACGAUCAUUACUAACGCCACUUGCUGAGCGUUCAGUAAAUGUCCCCGUGGACACUCCUUCAAAGAAGUCUGCUAGCAAAUUGCGUCGCGCACCCAAGCAUUCACCCAGGAAGAGCAAGGUCGUGGUGUUCAAGCUACCCAAACGGAGGCAAGGCCGACAAAUCACCCGGAUUGAAGACUCACAAGUCAACUUGUGGUCGAUUCCCUCAUCGUCACCUCAAUUGCAACGGCGGCCUGACGUAAAGGAGCCAUCAGGCCAAGCCAAAACGGUGGGCGAGGGACCGGUAGAUGAGGCCGAAAUCCCUGCGACCAGCCAACUGCCAGAUCUUCAAUCGAGCCCACCAGCUGCGACUCAGGAGAGCUUGCCUAGUCUUGCGGACCUCGUGAAUGGAGGGCGGUCAGCCGCCAGAGAUACAGGCGAUGAAGCGAGCAGAAACCCACCGCCGGCCAUGCCACAACCGGGUGACGAAUCUCCCGUGCUUGUGAGAGAUUUUGCGGUGCAACAACCCGAGAUAACCAUCAUUGCAGGGAAAAACUCCGGCCUUAUUGCAAACGAGACAUUCAGUAUGGAUGUGUGUCCUGACGGGGAGAUAGCUUCGGGUGAAGACAUGCCAGCAGCUCCCGAUGAGGUCGACUUUGGUUCCCCAAUAGCAAACGACACACAAUUCAACGUUGACGUUGAGCAUCGUGUAUCUUCACCGACUCGUCAUGCUAUCCAGACACCAGGAAAGGGAGAGAAAAUGGUCAACGCAAUCACUCUAUCAAGCUCUUCGCCCACACCCUCCAGCCGCCGAACUAUGCAUCGAAUGGAUACUCAGACCGAACGGCGGGACGAAGACGAGCCACCGCAGACACCGCUCCCCGUUCCCAGGCUGGUCGAAUCACCAGUUAUGAGGAUUCAAGCUGUCGACAUGGACCUUGGGGAUGAUGCUGAUGAGGUUGCCUUACCCAAGCCAGCACUCCUUCAUCGUUCUAGCACUCAUGUCUCAAUCACCAAAGUACCUUUGAAUGAUACAGUUCAGCAAUUGUCGUCUUCGCCCCUAUUGUCGGCCAAAGCCACUACCCAGAAAUCGAUCCAUCCUGCCUCUAUGCCACGUCCGUCACAAAUGUCGACCCAGGAAGCUACACAAGCAUUCGCCAAUAUGUCGUCUUACCCACAGCGAGCUGAUGCGGAAAUCACUCAGAGGCCCGAUAGGAUCACAAUCAAAGAUUCCAGUUCUUACCCGGUCGCCAUCAGUCAGUUGCCACAAUAUGCAGGUAGAAGUCAAUCACAAUACAACGUCGACCUUGGUGUCAAUGAGGUGUUUGACUCGGAAGAUGAAGGAGAUCUUGACCUCGAUCCGCCAUCAUUGUCACCACGGCCGGAGAAGACUUCGUUUGACGAUCGAGAUCUGGCGAACCCCCAACGGAGCAGGGCCCGCGGGGCAGCAGAUACACCACGAGCUGCGGGUGACGAUGAUGGAAGCGACUCACCGAAUCAAUAUAUGUCACAAUCCCACUCACAAGCACACGACAUUGACGGUACGGAGAGUCCCAUACCAUCUUCACAAGCCGUGUCGAUUCCAUCAUCACCAAAUCCACCGCCGCUGCAAAGGCAAUACUCGCCUAUACCAGGGUUCAACAAUGACACGCAGUCGAACUUUACACAGAAUGGACAUGUCACGGCGGCAUAUAUCCAUCGACAGCACGAGGCCGGUAUCAUACCGAAGUGGUAUGUUCCGCAGCCAUACCAGGUGCCGGGGUAUACAAGAAGGGGAUGAGAUGAAUUGAGGGCAUCCUUUUCAGUUUGGUGUAGAUGUUAUCAACAUAGUGCCUCCGGCCGAAGCUGAACUGAGCCAAAAGAAAAAUGCAGGACCACAGAACAAGAGAAUGUAGCGCUCUUAUGGUAGAAUGAGAAAUGUCC